ACUGGAGAAAAUCAUAAGAUCUUUGGAGCAAUGGAGAGAUGUCACCGCAGGUCAACGUGAUGAGGCGAAGCUACGAGACUUGGAGCAGCUGCUGACUCUGGAGCUGAAGGAGUUUUCUGAUGGAGAAAUGACCAUAGCACUCUCUUCAGUGACCACGGAUAAGGAGGACUGGCCUGGUUAUAAACACGGGUUGAAAUCAUUCAGCCACCGCCAUGGCUACGAUGGUGUGGUCGUUCUCCUAUCCAUCAAUGAUACAGUUCAUCAUCCCCGCCAGCAGGUGGCUGUCUACUCAAACAACACAGAUCUCCUAAACCAGAUCUGCUGUGAGUUGGAGGAGUCAUCCAGCUGGUCUCUCUCUGGUGAACUGGAGGCCAGGGAGAGUCUCCAGGUCUACCACAUUCCUAUAAACACCUGCUUUACGUCUGGUACUCCUCCUCUGUUGGCAGAAGAAAUACAGGGCAUCCUAAAGGACUUUGUAGACCGGCGGAGCUCUGUUUUAGCCUGCCACCCCAGCAGUAGGACCUCUUCCACAGAGGGAGUGGCAGGCAGUGUUGAGUUCUCCCAGGGAUCAUCUGGUAUCAAUGACAUGGACGGCUCUGACAUAGAGCGAGCCGAGGGAGGCAGUGGAGAUGCGGUACCAAUAGCAAGGGUGAUGGCAGAUGGUGAAGAAGACACAGGAGGUGUAGGAGUUAGUGCUGGCGGGGAGCUUGUGAGCCCCGACAGUGGUAUGACCACCAUCCGCAGCAGCCGCUCCUCCAAGGAGAGUUCAGUGUUCCUCAGUGACGACAGCCCAGUCGGUGAAGUUUUAGCAGGAGGUGGGCCAGCAGCAGGGCCGGGAGGACUCUUCCUGAGAAACCCCUCUCCUCUCGGACUGUCAUCCCUUUCCCCUCCUGUUGCACCUGAGAGGAGGAAGACCCGCUCUGGCAGAAAUAAGAGUGAAAACCUUGACCUGUUUAGCUUUGACCCACUUCAAAGCAGUGACCACUCUAUGCCGCCAAGAGGAGAACUGGCAAAUUCUGGACUGAGAGGCGAUGAGGACGAAAGAAGAGCCGGGAGCUCCAGCUUAUCAGAGCUUGAAGAGCUGAGCUUGUUGGAUUUCUCUGCUCCCAAUUCACUGGGCGGGCUUGACAGUAGAAAUUCUUCAAUUGACCACCAACGUCAAAUCCAUGGGAGUGAUAUGAUUGACACUGUCGUUCCUCCAACCCCAGUCAACAGCGUGGUAGGUAGCCGCCCACCCAGCAGUUGUGGGGUCAGGUUCUUUCCAGAAGAUGUAGUUGAAAGAAUCAAUGGCCUGCAGCACAAGGACAGUGUGUCAUCAUCAUUGUCAGAGACCUGGGAUGAACUUGGCUUUGACACACAAGGAGCGUUGUCCUCAAGUGAUAACAAUGCCUGGAAUAGGACUAAGGAAUCUGAGAGCCCGCUGAAUGUUUUGGAGGAAGUAAGAGGGAAAGAGUCAGUUGAUGAUAUGAUAGACCAAGAAAGCAGAGAAGAGAUCUUAAAGUCGGAGACUGCCCACCAGAGGGGAAAGACCCUUGAACCCCAGCUUAGUCUGAUCACUGAGCAGACUGAAUCAUAUGACACCUGGCAUGCAGAUUCUUUACAUCACGAUCAAUGGAACCCCGUUACUGUGACUUAUCUGCAACUGACACCACCGGAGGAGGAAGAAACAGGAAAAUGCAGGGCUGGUCUGAUUGGAGUGAAAGAAAAAACCUCAUCAUUGUGGAAAAAGAAAGCAAUCCUGAACACUUUAACCCCAGACACAUCUAAAGAAGAGGACGAAGGGGGACAAGCAAAAAAAGGAGACAAACUGAUGGAGCUACUAGACUUCUGGACGUACUCAGCUCAGAAGGGAUUUCUUAAAUCAGACAGCGGAACCACCACAUCUUACCCCGAAUCACUAGAUAUGUGGAAUAUGACAAUUCGGGAUGACAGUCUAUCACCUCUCACGACCCCCGAAAACUUGUCUGGAACCUCAGGUUCUUUUUGUGGGGCAAACCUCAAUGUUGAGUCCGGUGCAUCUGUGGAAAGUCCACUAGGAUUCCCUGAUGGUGGAAUGGUGAUGUGGAACACCACCAUACAGGAAGACAGCUCCUCCACAGUAACAAGCCCUGAAGGACCUGACAAUGGAAAGGACCUCAGUCACAUGGGCUCAUUGGAAGCCAGCGAUUCUCCUGAAUCACAUGCAGGCAAACAGGUAGAUGAAGAAAAAGCUAUAGAGGAGGAGAGCUGUAUAGAUAAAAUACUUUGUCAGACACCUGAAGAAGUUGGCUGGAGAGGGUUUGAACACAAUGUAAAAAUCAUUAUAGAGGCAGCAGAAGGUAGAACACAGGCUGAAGAAACUGGUGACAAUGACAUCGAGAGUAUUCAAAGUCAACAGUCUGUUUUGCAGAACGUGGCAUAUGAACAUUCAGAAGAUGAAGCUUCUCCUUACCAAGGCACUGACAUGUGGGACCUACCUGUCCCUGGCAUGGUCACCUCUACUUCAGAAUAUGACAAUGUAGGAGCUGGCACUUGGAGCCUGACGUCCUCCCCUGAGACCUAUGCUAGCCCCGUAGUAGACAUGAUACAGCUAGAGGAGCAGUCCAGCCCUUUUGUAGCUGUGACGAAACCCAUUCAGAUAGAUGAGAGACACAAUCAAUACAACGAGGCUGAUCCUCUGGGAUACAGCGCAGUUAGUUCAGAUAAAGAACAGCCACCCAACCAGGUCUUCCUUUUUGAGGGAACUAGUGAGUUGGAUGAUAUGGUCAUCAGCAGGGUAAGUUCAGAGCAGCCCAGUGACCAUUCACCGUUUGUUCUGGUGGACAGCUCCUCCUCCACUGCAGGAGGAGUUGCUGAGACUCAAAUCCAGGUUGACCAAUCAUUAUCCCCAGGCCUUGUUGAGUGGGACAAUUUUGCCGCUGAAAGCCAAGGUGGUCCUGACAAUGAAAGCAAUGGAAAUGUUGUGGGUAAAACAACAGAAACCAUGUCCCUAAGCUCCAGCUCUGGGGGGGAAAGAGACACAUUGAAGUAUAGCCCUGAUAGCCUUCACCCAGGCAGUCGAGACGAACCGAGAUCUAAUUCUGAUGGAGAUUCAUCAUCAGGCCUCGAAAUGGAUUACAUAAUUGUGUCUGGUACUGUAAAAGAAGCUGAGAGAGAGUGGCGUGAUAGGCCUAGACAGAGUGACAGGCAAUCAAAAGGCCCAAGAAAGUCAAUGGAGACAUUUAGCAUGCUUUCCUAUGCUGCGUCAGUACUACAAAGCCAGGCCCGAGCUGCAAAUAGAGAGAACCAGGAGAACACAGAACAAAGUAGGCAGAACCAAAUGAUCGGAGGUAGUGACAGCAAGGUUAUAGAGCAAAGUCAAGCUGUCUCAUGCACUCAUUACCAAGCAAGUCUUGAUAACACCGCUGGGCAUCACAUGUUGCCAGAAAUGAUUAGUCCCAGCGAAUCCAAAAAUAACUCAGAAGCAGUUCAUCAGUCUGAUUCAAGACCAUCAGGCUGCUGUCAACCACAGGUAGAAGAAGGGACCUAUGAUGACAAAUCAAGCUUUGUCGCCAGAAGUGUGUCUCCAUCAUUAAGAUAUCCGUCGGAUCACUUCCUGAAAACCAGAGAGGAAGUUUAUGUCCAUUCACAAAUCUCAAUGGAAGAUUCAGAUGAGGGUGGGCAGUCACCCUGUGCACCUCCACCCUGCCCUACUUCUUUGGGAGACUUUCAAGUUUGGGGCGGUCAGUUAGCGGAUCAGGACGCACCACAAACCACAUCUGAACCACAGUCCCCUGUGCUUACCGACAGUUCGGUCUCACACACGAGCUCUUUCGUUGGCACUCCAUUAAGUGAAUUAUGCAUUUCUAGUGAGAGGGGACUUGGAUUACCAUUUUCUGGAGAUUUGAUGGAAGAGGAGAAUGACGAGGAAGAGCAGGAGGAGGGAGCUUCGCUGCCAAAAUGGACUUCAGAAGUACAAAGUGCGAGGGAUGAAAGACAGACUACUGAUCUGCUAAGUUUCACUGAGGAGCUGGUUGAAGGUACUUCUUUUCAACAAACAGAUUUACCAACGCUUGAGCCAGAGAGGGACAGAUUCCUGCAGAACACAGUGGAUUACUAUAAUGGACAACCGAUCAGCACCGUCGAUAAAUGGUCGACUGAACAACAGAUUGGAGACCAUGAAUCUUCUCAAGAUAGCUAUUCACCAGUUUUAAGAAGACACCAAGAUGUGACAUCACAUCUUUCCUCCGAGCGAACCAACAAGAACGCUGCAUACCAGUGGACAGGAAGUGAGAAUGUAACUCAGGGUCAAACCCAAUAUGGCUACAACUACCACCACAUUGACCAAAGAACUGAAAACCAGAGUGCCCACCCAGCCUGUGUACAAACUAAGUCCAACAGCCAGCGAAACACCACAGAUGUCUAUGCUGAGUUUACCACUGAUGCCACAGCUACACGUGGAUCUGAGCAGGCUGAGAGCUAUUUUGAACCUGGAGGUAAUGCCGAGUACAGCUUGGAUGAUCAAGGCUUCAAGUUUCAAUAUAGAGCUGAAAGCCAGUAUGGAGAGGACCCCAACUCCAUGUGCACCUCUGAACUCCAGUGUUCUCAGUAUCAAGCUGAUGGCCAGAGUCAGUAUGAGUCAGACUAUGCUGAUUACCAGUAUGAUGGACAGUCAUUCUACCAGUCACAUGACCAGCCUGACAGAGAAGAUCAUGCGCGAUAUGUGCCGGAGGAAUAUGUUCACUUUCUCCUCUCAAGACACUCCCAGCAGGGAGACGGGGCAGCAGGGAUGAUGAUGAAGAUGGCCUCCAGUGAGGAGGCUGCUGAGGAGAUGGAUAACAGAGAAGAUGCAUCCUCCUCUGCAGAUCUGUCAGGCGGGUCCAAUCAGAGGAGAAAGUUGGCAGCUCCACCAAUGAGUGUGUCACUGGAUCGCAGUGAGGGGUCUCUUCUCUCAGAAGAUGCCCUGGACACAGAUGAUGAGGCCUUGGACACUGGUGAUGACCUGGAUGUCAACGUAGAUGAGCUGGACACACCUGAUGAGGCUGAAAUGCUGGAGUUCAACCAACAAGGGGACUCAGAAGAGUCUAAUCUGGGUGCAGAAGCAGCAUCAAGUGAUGUCACGGGACGCAGCGUAGAUGAGGAGAGCAGGGAGAACAAGUUGUGGAGGAGCGUGGUGAUUGGAGAGCAGGAACACCGCAUUGAUAUGAAAUCCAUUGAGCCAUACAAAAGAGUCAUUUCUCAUGGAGGUUAUUAUGCGGAACAUAAUGCCAUCAUCGUUUUUGCAGCAUGUUUUCUACCGGACAGCGACUGUGACAAUUACAAUUAUGUAAUGGAAAACCUGUUUCUGUAUGUAAUAAGUACACUGGAACUAAUGGUGGCAGAAGAUUACAUGAUUGUUUACCUGAAUGGUGCCACACCUCGCAGGAGAAUGCCUGGCUUUACCUGGAUGAAAAAGUGCUACCAAAUGAUAAACAGAAGACUGAAAAAAAACCUAAAGAUGUUCAUCAUUGUCCAUCCGUCCUGGUUCAUACGCACUCUGCUGGGAAUCACCAGACCCUUCAUAAGCUCCAAGUUCAGCAGCAAGAUCAAGUAUGUCAACAGUCUGAAGGAGCUUGGAGAAAUCAUCCCAAUGGAGUAUGUCCACAUUCCACCCAGCAUUGUAAAACUGGAUACAGAAUUACAGGACACAGAAGCUAAAGCUGACAAGAAGGGGAACUCUUUUGUUUGACAGUCACAAGAUACCUGGCUGCUGCCUAUCUUCUCCCUGCAUUAUGCUGUGCUCUACCGCAGCAUAUCUGAAAAUAUGCCAGUCUGCAGCAUGACAUUUACGGCACAUAGCUGUCAUAUCGAACAACUAGCAAUGGGCUAGAAAGGAGGAUGCUGUGGUACAAUACAUCAGGCAGUUGCUGGUUCAUUGAGGAAAGUAGUAACCUGUGGGUGCUAAAUACUGUGAGUACAGUGCAGAGACUGUCAAUGCACUCAAGGGAAGGUGGUUUUUUCCUGUAUUACUGUACCUUACACAGCACUUGUGAACCCCAUUCUGUAGCGUUUGUUUUCUGUGACAUUUGAUUUCAACAAUAUUUUUUAUUCUUGUGUUUUUCACUUCGGGGGAAUUACUAACUGGCUUUGUUACAUUCAUGUGUAUUAAUCUACCCUGCCAGUUGCCAUCUGUACCUUUUGUAAUCCAUGGUGAUAAUAAGUGUGGAUUCUCUGAAGCCGUAGCGAGGCUUUUGACUCUUUCACCUAUAACCAAAAACAUAAGUUGCAUUAAAAGCCCAUCUGCUCACAAAUACACUGGACAAUUGGCUUGUUACUGUGCUGUAGUUUCAACAAUAGACUGUAAUGUUGAGAGAUACUCUGUUUAGACUGUAAUUUUAGAAUGUCAAGGUUUACAAAAAUAUGAUCCACACAAAUACAUCUUUGUACUGUAUAUGCCUGUUCGGUUUGUAAUGGCAUGAAGCCGAACAGCCAAGCCAGUUUUUGAAAAGUUCCCCAUGGUGUAGGUUGCUCUUGUCAUACUAUGUGACUCAACACCUCAUACAUUCUUUAGGCUGCAAUCACACAGUUGUACGUGUGGCGAAUAUAUAUUCACCUCCCGCUUACUUCCAUUUUAUGAGCAAAUGCUCAUCUUUAACUGGCAAAGUCACAGCCUCCACCAAUACGUGUGUGUGUGUGUGUGUGUGUGUGUGUGUGUGUGUCUGUGUCUGUCUCAUUUGGCUGUCAAACUGAUGACAAACCAGCAAACUUUGUGGUUUAUGCCACAUCCUGCCACUCACUUGCAUUUGGAUAUGUGUGACUGCAGCCUUACAAGCCCAUUAUUGAGCUGUUCUAUUAACACUGUAUGUCACUGUGAAAAUACUUGCAACAUCAUAUAUUAAAAGGUAGCAAAAAUAUAGUUAUUUACAGUGGCCCUUAAGCUCAAUGCGUUGCAAUUUUAGAAAACGCAAGCAAUUAAAAAACAUGACUUUGACAACACAUGUACAUUAGCAAGUACACGGAAAUUUGAGUGAUUUCCGUGGCUAUUCCACGGAUUUUGAGUUAAGCAAAUCCGUGGCUAUUUCACGGAUUCCUGUGAGACCAGGUUGCAAGUACAGCUUCUUGCAUGUUUAAAGUUACAGUGCAUUAAGCUCUCAGAGCCACCGUAGUUAGCUGCAGUAAUGUGUUGCAUGCUUUCAGUUGCUACAGUCCCAGAUUAACCUGAUCUGAUUACUCACCCAAAAGGCAGAACUGUGUAUCAAUGUUAAUUUGUCUUGAGACUUUUUAUAAAACAAGUUCUCCAAAUAAGCCAGGCUUAUUUGAAUUAGUCUGACUCAUUUUCAGUUGAUUCAGCUUCAAAUAAGUCAGACUACCAAGUAAGAAAGGCUUAUUGUGGUUAACCCUGCUUUGCGGAUGAGGUAGAUUUGUUUAGGCUUUGUGUGUGAGAAAUAGAAAGAUUGUUGGUUCGAGAGGUACAAUAGAUGUGACGCAUUGGGCAGGUUGAAUCGUAAAUACUUUUAUUUGCUUUUUCUUAUAUUUGUAUACAUUUGCUUGUUGCUAACAAGGUAUUCAUUUGUUGCAAAAUAUGUCAAAUAUUUUACUUCAUUAAAGAUGUGUCAGCCACAACAGCCUUUUCAAAAACUAUCAUACAUCACAAUAAACACAUUGCUCAGUGCAUAAUAACCAAAAGUAUCCCACUUGAACUGACCUGUUUUUUU